CGCGGUUGUCUGCACUGCUGAACAAGCCCGUGACGGCCAGCCGGUUUCACUAAGAAUGUAAACAAAGAGAAGAUCGCGCAGAGCGGCUGACCCGGAGGACUAUAAGGAGCACAUCGGACAAUUCUAGAUUCCAUCCAUACUGACAAUGGUAGAUGUGGGAAAAUGGCCAAUUUUUGCACUUUGCCCUCAAGAGGAUCUGAAAUCCAUCCAACAGGCUUGUGUGUUUGGUUCUGGAAAUGAGGUCUUAUAUAUCACCAAAAAUGAUGAGGUAUUUGUGAUGGGGACAAACAGCAGUGGCUGUCUAGGGACCGGAGAUGCUCAGAGUACAAUUGAACCAAGAGGUCUUCAUAUGCUCUCCGGAAAGAAGAUAGUCAGCCUCAGCUGUGGAAGUGGGCCACAUGUAGUCAUUGUUACUUCUGAUGGAGAAGUAUAUACCUGGGGUCAUAAUGCCUACAGCCAGCUGGGCAAUGGAUCCAUAAAUCAAGCGUUAACUCCAUCCCAAGUCUCAAAUAACUUAGUAAAUAAGAAAGUUGUAAGUGUGGCUUGUGGCUCACACCAUUCAAUGGUUACUACGUCUGAUGGAGAGGUGUACGCUUGGGGAUACAAUAAUUCUGGACAAGUUGGUUCUGGCUCUACUGCCAAUCAGCCUAUUCCAAGAAGAGUUACUAGCUGCCUACAGAAUAAGGUUGUUAUUGGCAUUGCUUGUGGACAGAUGAGCUCUAUGGCUAUUGUGGAAAAUGGAGAGGUUUACGCGUGGGGCUACAACGGAAAUGGCCAGCUGGGGUUGGGAAGCAGUGGCAACCAGCCAACACCGUGCCGAAUAGCAGCUCUUCAAGGUAUUCGUGUGGAGCAGAUUGUGUGUGGCUAUGCGCAUACACUAGCACUGACGGAUGAAGGCGGAAUGUAUGCCUGGGGGGCCAACUCCUAUGGACAGUUGGGUACAGGAAAUAAGAGUAACCAGUCCUACCCCGUUCAAGUGUUUGUGGAUAAAGAAAGAAUAGUAGAAAUAGCAGCCUGCCACUCAUCGCACACAUCGGCUGCCAGAUCUCAGAGUGGUCAGGUAUACAUGUGGGGCCAAUGCCGAGGACAAGCUGUCAUCUCACCGCAUCUCACCCACUUCACCUGCACAGAUGACGUGUUCGCCUGCUUCUCCACCCCAGCCAUCAUGUGGAGGCUGCUCUCUGUAGAACCAGAUGAUCACCUGACUGUAGCAGAGUCGCUGAAGAAGGAAUUCGACAACCCUGAGACCGCAGACCUAAAGUUUUUAGUGGAUGAAAAAUACAUUCAUGUGCACAAAGUUCUUUUACAGAUUAGGUGUGAACAUUUCCGCUCACUUUUCCAUGAAAGUGAUGAAGACGUCAUUGAAAUGAAUCAGUUUUCCUAUCCAGUAUAUCGUGCUUUCUUGGAAUAUUUAUACACCGAUAAUAUCAGUAUUUCUCCUGAGGAUGCCAUUGGACUUCUGGAGCUCGCUACGAUAUACCGAGAAAAUCGACUGAAGCAUCUAUGCCAGCAGACCAUAAAACAAGGUAUCUGUGAGGAGAAUGCGGUCGUACUGCUGUCAGCUGCCGUUAAGUAUGAUGCCCAGGAUCUGGAAGAGUUUUGCUUCAGAUUUUGCAUAAACCAUAUGACCAUGGUUACCCAGACGGACGCCUUUUGUAACAUGGACAAUGACCUCCUGAAGAAUUUUAUAAACCAGGCGAGCAAAGCUGGAGCUUUUAAGAACUGACAGAAAUUUUGUAUGAGGAGGUGGCUGCUUUUUCUAUACCUUUUUUAUAGAGCUAAACCCAAAUGGCAUUAAAAGCACUUGGUGUAUUUACUGUUUGGUCAGAUAA